AAAAUAAAAAUGCUGGCCACUUAGUACCGUUGUGCUUCCCUAACCAUUGUUUUUUGGGCCGGAGGCCAAUAUCUAAGAGCAACUUUAUGCUUAAACUCAGUGUGUUAGCUCCCCCUGCUGGCCCAGUCUGAAUUCCUUGCAAAUCUUGAAUUUUAAAAUCCCAUGUUUGGAGAAGACUAUCAAAAUGUGCUCACCUACACUAGUAUCUUCUUUUUGACAACUCCUGUGAUUAUGCAUGCUCAUUUCUGGGAGCAGACGGCUCGCCUGGCUGUGGAGGCUGUGAUUUAGCACCCUCUGAAGACAACAGUGACCACAGCACUGCUUACCAAGCGCUUCUCUGACAAACACCACCUUAUUUUCAACUUCGAGAAAUAAUUUAAGUCCAUCUGCUUUGUGCUAACAAGAGCAUCCCAUGGCCAAGAGAGUCGCAGUGAUUGGAGCUGGGGUGAGCGGCCUGUCUGCCAUCAAAUGCUGCUUGGACGAGGACCUGGAGCCCACCUGCUUUGAGAGAAGCGAUGACUUCGGGGGACUAUGGAAGUUUACUGAAGAUUCCAAAGAUGGAAUGACCAAGGUCUACAAGUCAUUAGUAUUAAAUGUCUGCAAGGAAAUGACAAGUUAUAGUGACUUCCCUUUCCAUGAAGAUUAUCCCAAUUUCAUGAGCCAUGGGAAAUUUUGGAACUAUCUCCAAGAAUUUGCUGAGCACUUUGGCCUCCUUAAAUACAUUAAAUUCAAGACUACUGUGUGCAGUGUGACACAAUGUCCAGACUUCUCUGAAACUGGACGGUGGGAUGUUGUCACAGAGACUGAAGGCAAACAGGCCAGAGCUGUCUUUGAUGCUGUCAUGAUUUGCACUGGACAUUACAUGAAUCCUCAUUUACCUUUGGAGUCCUACCCGGGAAUCCGUAAGUUUAAAGGGCAGAUCCUGCACAGCCAAGAGUACAGGACCCCAGAAGCCUUUCAGGGCAAACGUGUCUUGGUGAUUGGCCUCGGGAACACUGGAGGAGACAUCGCAGUGGAACUCAGUCGAAUAGCAGCUCAGGUGCUUCUUAGCACUAGAACUGGCACCUGGAUUUUCAGCCGCUCCUCAGAUGGAGGCUACCCUCACAUCAUGGUAGCAACAACAAGAUGCAAUAACCUGAUUGUGCAAGUUCUACCUUCAUGUUUAGUAAGAUGGAUUCAUCAAAGGAAGCUGAAUAAAACACUUAACCAUGAGAAUUAUGGAUUAAGUAUUAAGAAGGGGAAAACAGAAAAAUUUAUUGUGAAUGAUGAGCUGCCAACCUGCAUUCUGUGUGGGACAAUCACUGUGAAAACCAGCGUGAAAGAGUUUACAGAGACCUCUGCUGUCUUUGAAGAUGGGACAGUGGAAGCAGACAUCGAUUCUGUCAUCUUCGCCACGGGAUAUACAUUUUCUUUUCCCUUUCUUGAAGAACCUCUCAAAAGUCUUUGCACAAAGAAGAUGGCCCUGUACAAGCAGGUGUUUCCCCCAAACCUGGAAAAAACAACCUUAGCGAUCAUUGGCCUGAUCGGCCUUACUGGGUCCAUCUUAGCAGGCACAGAGCUCCAAGCACGGUGGGCCACAAGAGUCUUCAAAGGACUCUGUAGGAUCCCACCUUCACAGAAACUGAUGGCUGAGUUUAUCAAGACGGAACAGCUCAUUCAAAGGGGUGUGAUUAAAGACACCAGUCAAGACAAACUCAACUACAUCUGCUACAUGGAUGAGCUGGCUGCAUGCAUUGGUGCAAAGCCCAACGUCCCACUUCUGUUCCUCAAGGACCCCAGACUGGCCUGGGAAGUUUUCUUCGGACCCUGUACCCCCUACCAGUACCGCCUAGUGGGCCCUGGGAAAUGGGAUGGAGCCAGAAAUGCCAUCCUGACCCAGUGGGACAGGACUAUGAAACCUUUAAAAACUCGAAUUGUUGCUGAUUCCUCCCAGAGUACCUCCAUGUCACAUUAUUUUAAAAUUUGGGGGGCACCUAUCCUAUUUGCCUCUCUUCUACUUAUCUGUCAGUCUUCACUUUCUAAAUUCAUGAGAUGAAAUACAAGAUAGAAUUUCACCUUACUCAGUGCUGCUGUUGGGAUGGUCCCCAGAAUUCCUAUGUUGGAAGUUGUCUCCAGUGUGGCAGGGCUGGGGGUGGUGGCUGAGAGGAGGGUGUAGUGAGGUUUGGGGUCAUGUGCCUCCACACAAUGAACUGAUGAGUGCUAUGCUCCCACAACUGGAUUUCUGCUCGAGAGUGCAGGUUGUUAAAAGCGAGGCUGCCCCUUGUCCUCUUUCUCGGGCAGUGGUUUGCCCUUCAUCUUUCUACUACAUAAUGACACAGCGUGAAUCUCUCACCAGCAGCUGCCUCCACGCCCUAGGACUUCCCAGUCUCCAGAGCUGUGACCCAAAUGAGUUUGUUUUCUCUGAAAUGAUCCAUCCAAGGUAUUCUGUUAUAUCAACAAAAAAAAAAAUGAACUAAAGCACCUACUGGUAUUUGAUGAGAAUAAAUCUGACUGGUUACAA